UAUUUAAGAAUUCUCAUACUUUUCUUCUGCUUUUUCUCGAAGUAUCAGCUUAUUGUCUCCUCUUCCUCCUCCUCUUCCAAGUUCCAACUAUCAAAAGUACAAACCUCAGUUUCUGUCCUUUUACCAUUCCAAAGGGUUUGUAUGUUCUCUAAUGGAAGAGCUUCAAAAUUGGAUCAGAAUACUUAACCAACACUUCUCUUUCUUCUUCAACUGAGUUUCAUUCAGUUGUUCAACACCUUUAGAAAAAAAAGAGCCUCAAAAACUGUUACAACGGGAAGAACCUCUUAACAGCUGAAAAGUGGUGGCUCAACAGUAGCAUUACUAAUUUCUUCAAAGUUUUGAUGGGUCAUCUUUCUUCAAUGUUCAAUGGUUUGGCAAAAUCACUGGCAAUUAAGAAAUGGAGGAAUUCAGAAAGAUGCAGCGGAAGAGAAGCGGCGGAAGCGAUGGCAAAGGAAGCAAAAAAGAAUGAGUUCUUGUUAUGUAGCUCAGGCACUGUUAGUGUUGAUGGCUCAAACAACUUUGCCUCAGUUUUCUCCAAAAGAGGCAAGAAAGGAGUCAAUCAAGAUUGCUGCAUAGUCUGGGAAGAAUUUGGGUGCCAAGAGGACACGAUCUUCUGUGGGAUCUUUGAUGGGCAUGGGCCAUGGGGUCACUUUGUGGCGAAAAGAGUGAGAGAAUCAAUGCCGCCAUGUUUGCUAUGCAAUUGGCAAGAGACUCUUUCCCAAACUUCACUUGAUCUUGACCCAAAUUCUGGAGAUGCCGAUGUUGAGGCAGAGAAGAUGCAAAACUGUUUUAACAUAUGGAAGCAUUCCUACUUGAAGACUUGUGCUGCCAUUGAUCGAGAACUCCAGCAGAAUCGCAAGAUCGAUUCGUUUUUCAGUGGAACCACUGCCCUCUCCAUUGUUAGACAGGGAGAACUAAUUGUGAUUGCAAACGUUGGUGACUCGCGUGCUGUAUUAGCUACAACAUCGGAUCAUGGGAGUUUGGUACCAAUUCAGCUCACAGUAGAUUUCAAGCCCAAUCUACCUCAGGAAGCAGCUCGAAUACUGGAGCGCCAAGGGCGAGUUUUUUGCUUAGAAGACGAGCCGGGGGUGCACAGGGUAUGGCUUCCCGACGAAGAGUCGCCGGGGCUGGCCAUGUCUAGGGCACUUGGUGACUACAGCGUCAAAGAGUAUGGCCUAAUCUCGGUGCCUGAGGUAACCCAAUGGAACGUAACCACCAGAGACCAGUUUGUUGUGCUAGCUACUGAUGGGGUGUGGGAUGUAAUAUCGAACGAAGAAGCGGUGGAGAUUGUAUCUUCAACAGCAGAGAGAGGAAAGUCAGCAAAACGUUUGGUGGAGUGUGCGAAGCGUUCAUGGAAACGCAAGAGGGGUGGAAUUGCCAUGGAUGACAUCUCUGCCAUUUGUCUUUUCUUUCACUCUCCUUGUAACCUUCUUGAUAACCAACUUGCCACCCUAAACUAAAUUAUUAUCCUGUCAAAAUGAGCACCUGAAUUGCACGUCAUGUUCUGCUUCAGAGGGAAAAAAAUUUAUUCCUUUCUUCUG